AUGCAAAACGACUAUACAAAAGCUGCGAUACUGUCUGGCCAGCGGGAUGGUAUCCUCUCCCUCAGCUUUUCAGCGCGCGCGAAGUUCAUAGCUGCAACUGGCUACGCCGGUGUCAGCAUCUGGGACGUCGCUAAGCGGCAGUCUAUUCCUACCCCUCCCCUACCAUCACUCCUAUCCAACAAGCAUGUGUACACCCGUUCGCAGUGGCUAUACUUCGAGCAAUCCAAUCUGCACGUUCUCGUCCUUGGAUCCAAGCGUGGGGAUGUCACCCUCUGGCGCUGGUGCCCGGAUGAAGCAGCGUUCCUGUUCUACAUGUCCGAUCGGCACUCGCCCCAUUCCGCCGAGGUACUUUCAAUCGAUAUCCUUCGGCGCAGCGUCCCUUGCGAGGAGCGUGGCCGUGUCGCAGUAUCCACGGGCGACAACCACGUCACAGUCUGGAUGGUAGACGACGUUGCCCACAAGAUGCGUCAGAGAUUCAGCAUCGAGGUCGGGACACCUGGAUUCUGCCCAAAGACCGUGAAGUUCCAAGCAGUGUCUCGUACGCUCAUUGCUUUUUCGGAGAGAGGCGGGCUCAUGGCGCGCUUCGACUAUGACACGGGAAAAAUUACUGGACGCAGGCGAGAUGGUCCCAGUGUAAUGGCUUCUAUCGCCACCGACCCCGUUCAGUCCGUUUUCGCUGCGUACACGGGUACCACCUUCGAGAUCAUGUCUCUCAACAAGAAAGAGCGCAUCAACAGUUUCCAGAGCGAGGUGCCAGACGUCCGUCUGCCGAUGGCCAUCGCGUUUGGCGAGGGCGGUACCGUGCUGUUAGCGGGAACAGACAAAGGCCGCGCCAUGCUGUACAACGUCACCGACGGCACCAUUCUGAGAAACUUCAAGUAUCCGAAGGGUGGGCUUGUCCAGCAAGUUGUGACAUGCACCACCAAGGAUCGCUAUUACGUUGCGUAUGCUGGAUCGAGCAUCCACCAGAGCGCGGAUGUGGUCUUGUAUACGAAGGCCCGCUCGGAGCUGAACCAGAAGCCGCAACAGAAUCUUGGUCAGCGUAGGCUGGGCAAAACGCCCUAUUGGCGUCGGCUCGUGUCGUCGGUCUGGCGCGUAAUCUACUGGGCAGGUGUUCUACUCCUCUUGCUUUCGGCGUAUGAAGUGGUGAAGGACGUGGCGAGGAUCGUGACUUGA